AUGGGUGAUAUUUUUGAUCCAUUGAACAGUACUGCUAAUAAAGCAUCGACAAGUUUAAAUACACACAUUGACAAAAAUAAAUCAAAUACGGAUGGUAGUCCAUAUCGUCCUACAUAUAAAAGUGUUUGGACGCGUCAAGCAUCAACUGAUAUGAACAGACAAAUGAGUUUACCUGGCGAACAAAACUCUCAAGUUUAUAUUAUUGAACAAAAAACAAAACCAUACUGGGAAACAGGAGAAGGUUCUUUUGAAGAAUGGCAUCAAGAUCAAGCGGAAGGUUAUGGAACAGAACAAAGACCCACUUAUUAUCAAGAAGGGUAUUAUGAAGAUGAAAAAUCAUAUAAAAAGAAAGGAAUAGCAGCUAAAAUUGACCGUCUCGCUCAACGUUUUCCUGUGUUAGGUAAAUUUUACAAACAACCACCAAACUCACCUAAUAAUAACGAAUCAGGUCAAGACUUUAAUUAUAAUCGAAUGUCUAAUUCUGUUAUUUCAAAUUCAAUAGAAUAUAAAAUAACUGCUGAUGAUUUAGCUUUAAAUGAACGCUAUUCGGAUAAAACUCGUAUACAAAAUAUAAAUCUUCAAGCAUACGAUCAAACGCAACCUGUCGAUAUUUCUAUUCAUCAUGAAAAAAAUAAAAUAUAUUUAUGUGAUAUUGGUCGAAGUGUUGUUCAAAUUUUUGAUAUUAAUGGUACACUUGAACAUGUAAUUAAUGGUAAAAUUAUGAGUAAAUUUCAACCAACAGCUAUAGCUGUUGCUUUCGAUGGAACACUUAUUCUUGCAAGUCAUUUUAAUCAUUGUCUUCAUAUGUAUUUACCAAAUGAUACUCAAAAUCAAUCCAAUUGUUAUUCUUAUAAACAAUUUAAAUUAGGUACAGAGGGUCAUCAAAUACAUCAAUUUUAUAAUCCAGCUGGUAUUACUAUUGAUAAAAGUGAUGGAUACUUAUAUGUUUGUGAUCGAGGAAAUUAUCGUAUACAAGUUAUUACACCUGAUGGUUUAUGUGAACGAAUAAUUGAGUUAUAUUUAAAUGAUAAAAAAAAAUAUCCAUUAGAUCCAGUUCGAAUUGCUCUUCAACCUAAUUCUGAACACAUUGUUUGUAUUAUUGGUGCUGGUGAUGCCAUAUGUUUUAUUCCAAAAUAUACUAAUGGAGCUAUACAAGUUGAUCCGUUAUGUAUAGUUGAUGCAAAUGGAUUAGGUCUUGAAAAUGCAUCUGGUUUAGCCGUAGAUAAUCAUGAUCGUAUAUUUAUUGCUGAUACAGGUCAUCAUCGUAUUGUGAUUUGUACACCUGAUGGUUGUUUUCUAACAAGUUUUGGUAUGGAAGGUGAUGGACUUGGUCAAUUGAAACGCCCCUGUGGUUUAGAUGUAACAAACGAUGGAGCUAUUGUUGUUACUGAUUCUGGAAAUAAACGAAUACAAUUAUUUGGUUUAGCACGUAAACAAACAUCUGUAGAAAACAAUCCUUCUAAAGAAAAUUCUAAUAUUAAUAACCAGUUCUUUCCUGCUGAAGAAUUUGAUUCAGCUGCAACUCUGUAA